AUGGCAGCUUCUCAAGACGGCAAAAACAGCGACCUAUUUAAUUGGGUAUCGGAAGUCUGGGAAAAGACUUUAUUCCAACCAGACGAUGAGAUCGCGGUUAAUACAUUCCAAAAAUAUUUCGCAAAAGAUAUAGUCAUCAAGAUCAACCACGAUCAUGUCUCUCGCGAAGAUUAUUUCGGAUACAUUACCAGCACCCGUGCUGCCUACAAAUUAACCCUUACACACAGUAAAGAAGUCAAGGUUUGGGAAUCUCCCAACGGUGGCGGUUCACUUGUGUUUGACGGCGCGCUCAAUUAUACCGACAAAAAGACCGGAGAAGAGCAGACUGGCCAUGUUGUAAUGAUUCUCGAUAUACGAAAAGAUGAUGACGGAGAGAUGAAGAUUGUACAGACGACAGAGUGUGUAACUAGAAGCGAAGGAAGCGUCAAGGCAUUUGAAGGUUAG